AUGCUAGGAUCUGUUUCUGUAUAUACAUCUUCGAUAGCUCAAGAACCUUCAGUUGGUAGCAGUUCAUCUCUUAGCCCUCUGUCGCUACCUGCGUAUAGCUCUGCAAAAAGUAGCUCUUCAAAAACUCAUAUGAAAGCUACUGCUAGCUCGCCUCCUACAAAUACCAGCUCUCCAAGCAUUUUAGCCCCAAAACAAAAAAGUUUCGAGUGCGGCGAGUGCGGCAAGGUUUUCAACGCACAUUAUAACCUGACUAGGCAUAUGCCUGUACAUACAGGCGCGAGACCUUUUGUCUGCAAGAUCUGCGGAAAGGGCUUUAGGCAAGCAUCUACCUUAUGUAGACACAAAAUAAUUCAUACCUCGGAAAAACCUCACAAAUGCCAUACUUGUGGCAAAGCCUUUAACAGGUCUUCGACGUUGAACACCCACGCUCGGAUCCACGCAGGUUACAAACCUUUUGUAUGCGAGUUUUGCGGCAAGGGAUUCCAUCAAAAGGGUAACUACAAGAACCACAAGUUGACUCAUAGUGGUGAGAAGGCCUACAAAUGCACAGUUUGUUCCAAGGCUUUCCAUCAAGUGUAUAACCUGACUUUCCACAUGCAUACUCACAAUGACAAGAAACCUUUCACUUGUAGGGUGUGUGGUAAAGGUUUCUGUAGGAACUUUGACCUCAAGAAACACAUGAGGAAACUGCAUGAAGCAAAUGGAAAUUGUGUAGAACCGGAGUUCAUGUCUGGGUCCACGCAAAGCACAUCAUCUGGUUCUUCGUAUCCUAGUGAUAGGAAUAUACACCAUUUCAUAAGCCCAUUUAUACGGCCUCCUAUGACUGUCCCGGUAUAUUCAUCGAAACUGUUGUGA